AUGACGGCUAUUUUUGGCAGUACGUUGGGUGGCUCCUCGCCGCAAGAGGCACGAUAUUUCUUAAUGAACCGAUGGUCCUUCCACCAAGCAACGCUGUGGUUAUGCGUCUUAAGUAUGAGCCCUUGGGAUCUCCUCAACGUUACCCUCGUUGAACGUCCCUCUGUUCUGUAUUUUACGCGAUCCGCUCAACAGACAGACCACCUCGACGUUACCCUCGUUGAACAUACCCCCGAUCUGGUACGCAUGCCCACGUACCAAAUAUUGCUCUACAUGACGCAACAAAAGCCAGAAAUGCCUUCUGGUGUCGACCAACAGCCAUCUCCUGGUCCAAGCUACAUGGGCUCAUCCCCUGCAUCCUUCGACUAUGUUGAGGAACAGUUUGGCGGAGGUCGUCGAUAUGAAGCACCGCCUGCCGAGUUGACUCCCUCACGGCUGAGGACCAGACUCAAGGCCACAGUGCGGGACGUCGGUAUUGUCAAGGACGCCUCUGCCCGACGCCAGGCCUAUCAAAAUACCUCUAACGACGUUCAGCUUUCCGUUGGUCCAUUCCACCACGUGGUGCAGGACGGUGCUUCAACUUCAACAAGCGAUACGUCAUCGCUUACGCUGAACGUGGCUUACAGUCGGCACAACUCACCCUUUCCUCCACUACAAGGUCCUGCACAACUGCAGGAUUUGUUUUACGGCCCUAUGGACCAGCAGUCUCCUUGGAUGCAGCAAAACCCAUCUGGUGAUUUCGGAAUGAUGCAGCCUGAUACUUUCACGGCUGGAUUACUCGGAGAUCAAGCUCUAGGCAUGGCUGGAGCGGGCGACAAGUCGCUGUGGCCUGCACCGUCUGUGACCAACGUGCAAGACGUAAAACUACCAAUGCGCAGAACACAACCCACCUUGCACCUCUGCCUUCACACACGCCUUUUCAUUUUCCCGCCAGUUCAUCUGGUCAGCCUCUCAUGUCUCGCGGAUGUUCGCUGGAUCCACAGGCAACCGUCUUCGGAGUUGAUGCAGAACUCACCAUUCACCCUGCAUCCUGCACCAUAUGUACCGCCUCAGAUCAUUCAGCCAUUCCGAGUCCAGCCACAAACAUCAUCCCCACGCCAACACCACUCAAGGAUGGUGGCGGUCACUAUUCUUCUCCGGCCACCACCUACCGCGUUCGGUUCCCUGAAGAGAGUGAGCCGAGAAUGCACCAGAGGAUCAAGCGGUAACUGGCCGCAGGCUCGAGGACGCAGUGUGAACGGCACUAAUAUUACUGGAAUCUGUGCAACAUUGCGAAGAAAAUGCUACGAGAAAUUCAAGGACAACCUUUCCCGACACCUUCAAGACAUCCUAUCUAAGCAUGAGGAAGUAGCUAUCCUGAGCUCGUCUCCCCAAACUAUUGCCCAGCGCGGACAAGCAUUCCAAAAAACACUACGGAGUGUGACGAGCAUCGUGCCUCGAGUCCGCUCCGCUAGAUUGGAUUUGAAGCAGCCGUUGUAUUAUGUGGUAAAAGUGGUUAAUGAAGACGGUUCGCUUGGUCAUUCUUACAACACACCUGGUGCUGGUGGGUUGAUGAUGCCUUUCCAGAAAACCGGGGACGAUAGCCAUCAAAAACAGACACCGACCGUUACCCACGACAUAGACCAGCUUCUGAUGUUGUGGAGGGAGGGACGGGAGGAUACUUGA